AUGCGUGGUCAUUCGCUGCUGUUGGCCGUGCUGGCCGCCUUCUCGAGCUGUGACGUGGUCACCGCCUCGCCGAGCUGCCAGAGCAACCUGCUUGUCCGCACCAACGAGGGCAAGGUCCACGGCGCCAUUCCCAAUGGUUUCCCAGGCGUCCGUCAGUUCUCAGGCAUCCCCUAUGCCAAGCCGCCGCUCGACGACCUUCGCUUUGCCGCGCCCCAGCCUGCAGAGAAACGCAACGGGGUGCUCGACGCGUCGCGCUUCCCGCCCAGCUGCCCGCAGAUUCUCGAGAACUGGAACGCAAACCUGUACAUCCGCGACGUGAACCAGUUCAACCUCCAGGGCCUCAACCGCACGGGUGCCACCAGCGAGGACUGCCUGACCUUAUCCGUCUUCACGCCGUCCCGCCGCGACAUGAGCCCGCACAGCAAGCUGCCCGUCCUCAUCUACAUCUACGGCGGCUCCUUCACCACCGGCGGCCAGGACAUCCCCUACCAGAACCCGACGCAAUGGGUGCAGCGCACACAGUCUCACAUAGUAGUCGUAUUCAACUAUCGCGUCAGCUUCUUCGGCUUCCCCUCGUCCGCUGCCCUCCCUCUCCGGGGCCACAACCUCGGCCUCCAGGACCAGCGCCUCGCCGUGCAGUGGGUGCACGCCAACAUUGCCUCGUUCGGCGGCGACCCAGAGCGCAUGGUCCUCUGGGGACAGUCCGCGGGCGCCAUGUCCGUCGCGUCCUACAGCUACGCGUACCCCGAGGACCCGAUCGUCAAAUGCCUGAUCCAGGACUCGGGCAGCGAGGGCGUGUUCGAGCUGCUCCACGCCACCGCGCCGGCGUCCUACUCCAACUUUACCUUUGUCGCCAAGAAUGUCGGCUGUGGCGGGCUCGAGGACGAUCCGCAGGCCGAGCUGGCGUGUAUGCGCAAAGUGCCAUACGACAAGAUCGAGGCGUUCCGCGCCGAGUGGAGCCGCAGCCGUGGCACGCCGGCGCUGUCGUUUGCCCCGUUUUACGACAACGUGACGGUGUUUGAAAAUUUCAAGGACCGCGCCGAGACGGUGGGCAUUGCCAAGAUUCCCCUGAUCCUCGGCACCAACACGGGCGACUGGCUCGGCCUCUGGGGCGAGAACGGCAUCAACGAGGUCCAGGCCGAUGCCCUCAUCCAGCGCAUCUUCCUGUGCCCAGCCCACAGAUCUGCCAUCAACCGCGCCAACCUCGACCUCCCCACCUACCGCUACCUCUACGCCGGCAACUUCAGCAACAUCGCCCCUCGCCCCUGGCAGGGCGCCUACCACCAGAGCGAGAUCCCGCUGCUCUUUGGCACGCACGCCAACUACCGCGGCAACUCGACCGAGCUCGAGUGGGAGACGAGCCACGCGAUGCAGGACGCCUGGCUGGCGUUUGCGCGCGACGGCGUCGAGGGCCUCGCGGCCGUGGACUGGCCGGUGUGGGACAACAGCACGGGCGGCGGCGUGGUGCGCGUGUUUGGAGACGGGGUCCCGGCCAAGACUGGUGCGCCGGAUGACUUGGAGAAGGGGUGCUAA